AUGAUUAAGUGAAUGCUUCCUAUUCUCUGCUAGAUUUAUCAACAGUAGCUAUCUCGAGUAUAGGGUUGUUUAGCGUCUGCCUUGGAUAUCACUUAAUACAGAACGUAAACUAUACAUUUUAAAGCGCUCGUUCAAAUCAAAUUAGCUUUCUAGCUUGCUAAUGAGUUUAAUUGGGUAACUAUUACAUGAAUAGCAGAUAUUUAGUAAGCAAAACCCAUCCCGGCAUGAGUCCUAACUCAGAUUUGACCAAUCAUGUCUUCAGCUAUGAAUAGAAAGAGAUCAUUAAUAUCAGACACAUUCUGCAUAAAAAAACGAAAAUGUGGGUCUGAGAGUCCUAUUGGAAAACCGGGAUUUCAAGAGGGAUCCAUUGACGUCAAGGCCGCGUUACAAUAUCUCAUGACACUGUUUCCAAGCAAACUGUUUAAUGACAGCCUUCCACCAAUUGUGUUCAAACAUCAACUGUACAGUUUAAAUGAUGACAAAACUUUGGUGGAUAAGCAAGUGAAUGAAUUGAGAGAAAAUGGAGAAGUGUUCAUGUUCCAGCUGGGUUUCCACUCAGAUACCUUUGCCUUGGUAUUUUCUGUGGACUACAGAGCCAAAGUUCUGGCAGGGGAGGCUGGAAGGAACACACUUGGAACUGUAGAAAAGUUUCUUGAUAAAGUUCUACAUGCCUGCCCAGACCUAAGUUUCAGCAAAGACAAAAUGCUUAAGGAGUUCGUUUUCACAGAUUCAGAGAUAACGCAGCUUGUUCAGGCAGGAGUACUGACUGUGCGGGACGCUGGCAGCUGGUGGCUUGCAAUUCCAAAUUCUGGUCGAUUCACCAAGUACUUUAUUCAGGGGCGCAAAGCUGUUCUUGGUAUGGUCAAAAAAUCAAAAUACAGCGAAAUCUUGAAGAGCAGGCUGGAGGAGCGCCACUGCACCUCACAGGUUAAAUUGCAGAUGAAGUACCAUGUCCAUGAUAUAAUUGGUGCAGAACUGGUAGAAUGCAUAAACACCACAUCAGGAACUUUAUUACGAUUUAUGGACACUUGACCUUCAAGCUUUGGAAAUGUUAGCCUUUGGGAUUUUACAUUGUUCUGAAGUGUCCUUCCAGUCUACUUUAAGGCAGUACAUAACUAACUGCAUGCAGUGUUUCAAGAUGAUCAUCUGGGACUUGCAAAAAUAUGGACCUCACCAGCAUCCCAUUAGUAUGCCACUCAUACACUGGUAAUAGAUAUUAAAAGUAAUUGCUACAAGCA